GUAUUUUCAACAUUUUCGUUGAAUUUUCUUUGACGUAUUUUACAGUUAAAUGUGAAAAUAAUUUUGUGUUUUUAUCAUUACGAAUUACUAUUUACUAUAAUAAUGCUAUUCUAUUAUUAUUAUGCUCAAUGACCAAAAUGCGAAUUCGUCCAUUAUUUAUUUAUCAUUUUAAAUAAAACCAAAUACUAUGAUUCACGUCGACGAAUCACACUUAAUUUGGUUUACGCUGACCUUUUAAAAUUUGUGAAAAAAAACUUAUAACUAUGUCGGGUUCUAAGCGUUAUGGAUCUAGCUCUUCAUAUUCGUCACACAGUCCCCCUGUUCCUGAACGUUGGCUUAAAUGUCCUCGUAAAUCUUACACAACUAUAACCGAAAAGUUUGUGGCAUUCAAAACACCAUUGGAUAGUAAAUAUGAUGAUCAAAUACCUAUUCAGAAUAGGUUCAAUACAGAAAUGUUGUUCUCAUCAAUGUCUAAUAUGAAGGUUACUAUAGGUUUAUGGAUUGAUCUAACAAAAACUAGUCGUUUUUAUGAUAAAUCUGAAAUAGAAGAUUCAGAUUGUACUUAUGUAAAAAUUCCAUGUGCUGGUCAUGAACAACCACCUACACGAGAGCAAGCACAAUUAUUUGUAGAUAUUUGUUCUAAAUUUAUUGCAAAAAAUCCUUUACUAUCCAUUGGUGUUCAUUGCACUCAUGGUUUUAACCGAACAGGAUUUAUGAUAGCUACUUAUUUAAUAGAAACAUUAGAUUUUGAUGUAACUAGUGCUUUAGCUCAAUUUGCAGCAGCUAGACCUCCUGGAAUUUACAAACAAGAUUAUAUAGUUGAACUAUUUCAACGAUAUUCGGAUGAAGAACCUAUACUAGCUCCAGAACUUCCAGAUUGGUGUUUAGAAUCAGAAGAAGAUAAUUAUAAUUCCAGUAAGCAUGAAUCUUCUUCUCGGAAUAAACGUGAUUUCAGGGAUCAAGAUUCUAAAGAUAGAAGAGAACAUGAACCUUCUAGUAAACGGUCAAGAAAUGAGAUGAAUAAUCGUAAUCCUGUAUUUAUGCAAGGUGUGUCUGGUGUUACUGCUAUUUUUGAUCAACCCAGAUUAAGCAAUAUUCAAAGAAGAACUCAAGACUUAUGUAAAUGGAAAAGAUCUGGAUUUCCUGGAUCUCAGCCAGUUUCCAUGGAUAUUCAUAAUAUGAAAUUAUUACAUACAAAGCCUUAUCGUGUUACGUGGAAAGCUGACGGUACUAGGUACUUAAUGUUUAUCCAAGGUGAAAAUGAGAUAUAUUUUAUUGAUAGAGACAACAGUGUAUUUGAAGUAGAGGGCUUAAAAUUUUUACACAGAAAAAAUCUGGAUCAUCACUUGAAAGACACUUUAUUAGAUGGUGAAAUGAUUAUUGAUAAAGUUGACGGUCAAAAUAUACCUCGCUAUUUAGUAUAUGAUGUAGUUGCAUUUGAAGGUUUUGAUGUUGGUAAACAGCCAUUUUAUCCUAAUAGAUGUAUGCUAAUUGAAGUUGAUAUAAUUAAACCCAGACACCAGGCUAUCAUGUGUGGUCGUUUAGACAAAUCUCAAGAACCAUUUAGUAUUCGUUUGAAACAAUUCUAUGAUAUUAAUGCCUCUGAUAAAUUGCUGGGAAAUUUUAGCAAAAAUUUAUCUCACGAACCUGAUGGUCUCAUAUUCCAACCAUCAACUGACCCUUAUGUAGCUGGUACGUGCCCUGAAGUUUUGAAAUGGAAGCCGUUGGAACUGAAUUCUGUUGAUUUUAAACUUAAAAUUGUUACAGAAGGCGGAACUGGAAUAUUAGAAUCGAAAGUUGGAUAUUUGUAUGUAGGUGGUAAGACAGAUCCUUUUGCCAGAAUAAAAUAUAAUAAAGAACUUAAAAACAUGGAUGGGAAAAUAAUUGAAUGCAAAUUUGAAAAUGGAAAUUGGAAAUUUAUGCGAGAACGAACUGACAAAUCGUUUCCAAAUGCUCUCAAAACUGCAAUAGCUAUUUGCCACAGCAUUGAAACACCUGUUACAAAAGAUAUUCUUUUAAAGUAUAUACAACAAGCGCCGCGUAGAUGAUGAUAUACUAUACAUAAUAAGAAAUGUAAUUGCUUAAUAUGUUUCAUAAUUACUUAAUUAUGUAUUUUAUUCUGUAUAGAAUACAAUUAAUAAGUUAAUAUAUUGAUAAAUAUAAAGCUGACAAGUUUAAGUGUAUGUUAAAAAUCAUGUCCUUACAAUGAAUAAAUAUCAAAUGCAUAAUUA